GCUGCUCUGCCCUGCUGACGCUCCUCCAAUCUCUCCUCCUCCUCUUUCCCCUUCCUUUGGAUUCGUUUCAGCUCCCGAGACUGAAAUUGGAUGCUGGCUCGGCUGUGGCAGGAUCGAGUUCCAUUUCCUUCCUUUCCGCCAUGAGAUGAGAAUUGGAAUUGGAGGAGCAACCGUCCUCCCCAGAUUCCUCGAUCCUCGUCUUUGCUUUGCACAGACACCAUUCAUCUCGAUUUCUUUGGCGUCCGCAAGUCACAAGUCAAGUCCGUCUCCCGUCCCUCCUCUGUACCUCGUCAAAGCAAGCAAAGCAAAAGUGGUGCGGUGCCAUCAGAGUAAGCAAGCUCCCAUUUUUCUCUACCCAUUCCUAUUCCUAUACUAGCAGUAGCAGUAUCCAUCGGAUUGCCAUGUCCGGCGACACCGCCGCCGCCACGACGGGGACAGGCACCACCAAGCCCAACCACCACCUCCCACUCUCAAGAGCCUGAUUGAUUCAUGGCCUCCGCCCCCACCACCGCCGGGGCCCGGGCCGCCUCUUCCCCAUCACCGGCGUCCUCGCGGCCCACUGCCACACCGGCCGACACCGCUGCCACGCCACCGGCCGCGCCCCCGCCCCUCACCUCUCCCCCACCCGCCGCUCCUCCACCCUCCUCCCACUUGCAGCCGCCUGGGCCUCCUCGACAUACGGCUCCUCCUCCUCCAAGGCCACCGCUGCUCUCGCCCCCUCCAACGUCCCCGACGCCAUCUGCCGCUCCGACGCCUUCGCUCUCUCCGCCAGCGUCCCCGGCCCCUGCAUCCAACGCUCCUCCGCCAUCAGCACCACCACCCACUAGACACAGGCCAUUGCCUACGCCUGCCAUUGCAGUUGACCCGACCCACUCCGGCGCCGGCAAGAACCCAAGUUCCAACAAGUCGUCCAGCUCCAGCCCAGGUGCGCCGUCCAGGAACCCAUCCGCCCCCUUUGGAAGCCUUGGUACUGGUGUCGUCAUAGCCAUCGCUGCUGGGGUGGUCGCCCUGCUUCUACUUAGCCUCCUAGUCACAGCAGUUUGGUUCAACAACAAGCGCAAGAGGAAGCAAACGAAUGGUUACAGAGCUGGUUUCAUGUCCCCUACCUCGCCUUUUUCUUCGCAGCAACCUUCGGGUGAAUCUGCAAAUGUAGGAUCGUCAGUUGAUCCUUCUGUCCAGACCAAGUAUAGCGCCGGGAGCCCCAGGCUGAAACAAUGCUUGUCCGAUAUCAGCAUGGGCAACUCCAGGUUCUUCUCAUAUGACGAGCUGUAUCAGAUCACUGAUGGUUUCUCAGCUCAGAGGCUGCUAGGGGAAGGAGGCUUUGGGUCGGUGUACAAGGGCCGCCUACCAGAUGGUAAAGAUGUCGCCAUUAAACGACUAAAGGAUGGUGGCGGACAAGGGGAACGUGAGUUCCAGGCUGAAGUUGACAUAAUUAGCCGUGUGCAUCACCGUCAUUUGGUUUCCCUUGUGGGAUACUGCAUUUUCAAUGACCAAAGGUUACUUGUAUAUGACUUUGUUCCUAAUAACACGCUGCAUUAUCAUCUUCACGGACACGGAAUGCCUGUGUUAGAGUGGUCCAUGCGAGUUAAAAUUGCUGCAGGUGCUGCUCGUGGAAUUGCUUAUCUACACGAAGAUUGCCAUCUGAGGAUAAUUCAUCGAGACAUCAAGUCCUCAAACAUUUUGUUGGAUAACAAUUUUGAGGCAAAGGUUGCUGAUUUUGGUCUUGCGAGGUUGGCUUUGGAUGCUGUAACCCAUGUAACAACCCGUGUUAUGGGAACAUUUGGGUACAUGGCUCCGGAGUAUGCCUCAAGUGGCAAACUGACUGACAGAUCAGAUGUAUUCUCUUUUGGUGUAGUUUUGUUAGAGCUUAUUACUGGUCGAAAGCCUGUUGAUGCAUCGAGACCACUGGGUGACGAGAGUCUCGUCGAGUGGGCUAGGCCAUUGCUUUCUCGCGCCCUGGAUACAGGCGAUUUGGGUGGGUUGGUUGACCCCAGGCUUGAGAUGAAGUGGUUGAAUGAGGUGGAGAUGUUCCGCAUGAUCGAGGCUGCUGCGGCCUGCAUUCGGCACUCGGCAUCAAGGAGGCCCAGAAUGAGCCAGGUGGUGCGGGUUCUUGAGAGCUCAGCGGAGAUAGACCUAACAAAUGGCGUUCAGCCUGGGCGAAGCCAGCUCUUCAACGUGGCCAACACGGCGGAGAUAAGGAUGUUCCGGCGGAUGGUGGCCGGCGCGCAAGAUGACGAUAGCUCCGACUUGACACAAUACGAUUGGAGCAGAGGUAGUGACGCCGCCCCGAGUUCAAGGAUUGCUUUCUGACUCUACUCUGCCUUACUUGUGUUGGUUAAUCGAUUAGGGAAUUCAGUUCAGGUGGCUGUAUCCAGUGAAAGUUGGUUUCUUUUUUUUUUUUGUUCUUUCUUUCUCUGUACGUAUGAAGGAAGAAGAGGGUUGGCAGCUGAUGCAUAUUUUUUAGGCAGUCAAGGACAUGGAAAUUGAAGCAUCACUUUGUUGAACGAGACACGUGACUUCCAACCUGUCUGUCUGUUUCUGUAGCCAAAGAAGACACGAAAAUGAACUGUUGAACCUCCUGCCUGACAUUUUAUU